AUGGAACCAAUAUCCUCUUCAUCGACGAACAGCAAAUUCUUUCUAAAGACAUUCGUUCAUGUGCAUAAGAAUUAUUUUUUGGGAUUAUUUCAUCGUUUUGCAACAUUUAUAGUGAUAUUAGGUGUCUUAGUUGCUAUAGGUAUUGGGCUAAGAUAUACGGAUGGUAUGCCGCCUGUUGAAGACUUUUCUAACUUGGAAUUUGACUGGAAAAUCGAUCCAAGUAGUUAUUUAAUACCAUACAACACUUCAUUCAAGUAUAAUGUUUUAAUGAAUGGACAUGCUCAUUCAACCUAUAGUGAUGGGAAAAUGAAUGUACGGCAACUAUUAGAGUGGCAUUUAGCAAAUGGAUAUAAUGCAGUAGCAGUUACUGAUCAUAAUACAAUCGAAGGUGGAUUAGCAGCAGAGAAAUUAGCGUUAGAAGAAUACAACAAUUCAAUUGUUGUUAUUCCGGGCAUGGAGUACACUUGUUGUCGAAUUCAUAUGAAUUUUCUGAAUAUUAACGAAACUGUUCAAGCAACUGCACCUUUCCCUACUGAUGAAGAAUUACAAAGAGUUAUAAAUCGAGUACACGAAUUAGGUGGGCUAGUUAUUGUCAAUCAUAUUCCUUGGAGCAACACAACAGAAAAUGGAUAUCAGCUUCCUAGAUUACCUAAUCAUCCAAGCAUUGAAAAACUCAUUAGUUGGGGAGUGGAUGGAUUUGAAAUAAUCAAUCAAGAAACAUUUGAUUUAGCUUCAUACCGUGCUACGAAUGAAUAUAACUUGAUACAAAUGGUGGGAAUGGAUCUUCAUCAUCCUUCCAUAGGUGCUCAAGUAUGGCUUACUAUUAAUGCUACUCAAUUCAAUCGUAACUCAGUCAUGCAAGAAAUACGUAGCAGACGUACUUCAUUUUUAUUUGAUCCAGCAGGGACAAGGCCACGAGUCUAUGUCGAUUCACCUUCCUCUUACUUGGCUUUAACGCCUUUAAGCUAUUUAGGUGAUUACUUUAGUAUGUUUUAUUCAGAUAGUAAGGGCAUGUAUAGUUUUCAGGGUUCAUUCUGUCAUCCUGAAAUAUUGACAAUCAACAAAAAUGUCAUUGGUUGGUUUAUUUUUUGGAUGUUAAUGUUUAUAUUGGCAUUUGAGCUUGUGCGAGCAUUCAUUAUAUGGGUGUUUAAAAGACUGUAUUAUGAUAAAAAAAUAAAAAAAUAAAAUUAUAAUUGCUUCCGGUCCGGAUAAUUACCAUAAAUGGAAAAUAGUAUUGAAGGUAGUACUGGUAUUAUGUGAAAAGAAGAUGAUGAUCAGUUGAAUUUUUUCUUUCUUCCUUU